AUUCAGAUGAUGCCACUGAGGUUUGGGAGGAAGACAGUUUUCUGGGACAGACAUGUGACGCUCACAGCCCACCACAGAUGCUUAGCUACUUUGCACAACCCCUGGGGAGUAGCAAUGACCCAUUUGCUGCGAUUGUACAGCCACCCCUUAACACAGCACCUCCGUCAUCUGCGCAUGCCGCUUUCUCUAAGCCUCCAGCAUCAAUGCCCUUGGCAUCUGGACCUCAAAAUGGACAAAACCUGGUUCCCUUACAAACUCCAAAGGCCAUCUCUAUAAGCAAUAUACCUCCGGCUUCCAAAAGUACAAGUGAUUUCCAGCCAGCCUCACAGCAAUGCCCCCCACCCACUACCUUUGCAGCUCCUGUGUCAGGGUCAUCUCAAGCUGCGUUUAAUCCCUACCGUCAUAAUGUGCACAGCAGUCGGGCCAACCCAUAUUUAACCCCACCGCAGCUUCAAGAGACAAUGGGUCACUCCACGCAGACAACCCAAUUUGCACCGCCUCAACACAUUUACCAAGGACCUGCUGCUCCUCUGCCGCCAGUAAGUGCAUAUUUGGCAUAACUGUCUUUUAUCUCCAAUUCUAGAGUGUGUUGUGGAGUCUACUGGCUUUUUUCCAUUGAACAUAUUUACAUAUUGGCAUCGUACUCUGAUCUAGACUUUGUGCAUGGAUUUCUUGCAGAUCUGCUUUUGUUUGUGGCUCUAUUAAUAAUUGUCUUUUACUUAGUGAGCACAUAUUAGAUUCUAUGUGAACUGCCAUGUGUCAUGUAAGAUUCUUUGCAAGGACAGUCUUGGUUUUCAUCUCCGUGUCUGAGUAUCGUUUAUUACAGUCAGUUGGCCAAUCACACGCGUUAAAGGCAAGCCAGAGGACUAUAAAAUAGGAGGAUGAAGCAAGGUGGCAUCUGAUACUCUAUCAUAUACACACGAAAUAUCAAAUUUAGCGCAUCACUUUAUUUGGUUUCUUGUGUAGUCCACAAUACCUCGAGGGUUGUGUGUUGGAUGGUUUCACACUAGGAGGAUACAUUUUAUUAUUUCUUGUAAUGAGAAUUAUAAUAAUCUGUCUGUCUUUAGCCUCCACCAGCUGCUUCGUCGUUUCCACCUUCAGUACAGCUCUAUUCAAACACGAAACCUGCAGGUCCUUUGGUGCCUGGGCCACCUACUUUUAUGCAGAACCUAUAUGAGCCCGUACAGCCGCACUGGUUUUACUGCAAGCAAGUGGAGGGCAAGACGAUUUGGCUGCCGUUUAGCAACUAUGAUUCGUUGAAUCUGGAGGAGAUUUAUAACUCUGGUAAGCAUGCGUUUCCAAUGCCCAGGUCUAAUCCGCAUCUCAUGCCAUCAUUACUGUAAGUCUUACAUAUUGCUAUGGCCUGGCACAAAACAAGUUAAAAGCUACACCAAGCCAUUAAUGUCCCAGUCAUACCACGUCACCAGUAUCUAGUGAUAUGUAUCCUCAUAGCUUGUAAGCCUUUCUUUACCUCCAAGUAUCCCCUUUCUAUAACUGGAAAGCGAUGCAAAAUAUGUUGGUGCUAUAUAAAUCAUAUAAAUAAUAAUACUGGUAAUGAACAUGGUAAUAAAAGCCUUUUCCUUAUUGUCACUUUCCAGGAUGUUUAACAUAAUGAUUAUGUAUGCCCUAUAUCUGAACAAUAGGAGUUUGUGAAGUCUGUAAUGUAAUAUUAUAAAUAUUGCCUUUUUUCUUCAAAUGAGCAGCUUGUGGCAGAGGAAAGCAGUGUGUUUUGUUUUUCCCUCCUGCUUUCUAUUGUGUGCCUGGUCUGUACUGGGUUGUGAUGUCACUCGCUAAAUCUAUAUGAUAUAUUUAAAUGAAAUUGGUGCAUCGCGCGUAGGGGAUUAUUUAGUGGUGUAAAUUUUCAUUUAAAGAGACGCUAAGCUCCCAUCUUUCUCUUUUUAUAACCUGUAGUCGGCUCAUGAGGAGUUCCCUAUUCUACUAUUCUUGCUGUAGUUUUCAUACAGUUGAAUGUUUCUUCUGCAGUCCAGCCAGAUCCGGAGAGUGUAGUGAUUAGUACAGACGGUGGUCGUUACGAUGUCUAUCUCUACGAUCGGGAGAGGAAAGCGGUUUUCUGGGAUGAAGAGGAGUCUGAAGUCAGACGCUGCUCCUGGUUCUACAAGGGAGACAUGGACAGCAGGUUUACCCCAUAUAGCGAGGAAUUCAGUGAGAAGCUGGAGGCAAGUUUAUCACCAGGGGUGGGGGUGGGGUUAUCUCCCAGAUCAUUAAGCCAAUGUCUUGGCCUUAAUGUUGUUUAUUCUCCGCAGGCAGAGUAUAGGAAAGCCAUUACCAGUAACCAGUGGCACAGGAGGCUGGAGUUUCCAGGAGGAGAAACCAUUGUGAUGCACAAUCCCAAGGUAAAGCAGCAGUUACCCCGACUAAGCUGGCUCCAGAUUUCUGUGUCUUGCAACAAAACCAGAGAAUAUGAUAACUCUGAUAACGGACAAAAGCUUAGAGAAACUGAGUAGCUUGCCCUUCGGUAAAUCCUGGCUCCGGUUUAAAACCAUUACACAGAGAACCAAUUCCAAGGCGCAUCAGACUAAUCCCACCAUAAGGGUAAUCCAGAACCAAAAUGUCGCUCCGCACAAGAGAUACCACAACCCCAGAUCAGUCUGAUAUGCCUGGGAACUGGUUCUCUCGGCAGUGGUAAAAGUGAGCAAAAACUAUUUUGAGACCUGUGCGGGGAUUUUCCAAAGAAAAUAACAGAUUGGUAAAGUCGGAUCAAGUUAGUUCUAAAGGCGAGAUGAGUUCCUGUAGGCUUUUGUCUGUUCUCAUACUCUGUUUUUGUUGCUUCCUGUAUACCUGCUCCUCGGUUUUUGCCUAGCACUGGCUGAUGUGACUGAACAAAUUUGUGCUUCCCAGGUGAUUGUUCAGUUCCAGCAUUCUGCUGUUCCAGAUGAGUGGGGAACCCCUCAAGAUGGGCAGGCCAGGCCCCGUGUGGUGAAACGAGGCAUUGAUGACCAUGAUGAAAUUCCAGAUGGUACAUGAUGGGCUUGGUGGGCGCAAACGUGCAUAAAUCCCUAACCUGGAAUCUGUUUAGACUAGAGAUUCUUGUAGUCCAGGGUAGGCAGCCUACAGUCUGAAAGUUAGUGAAAACUAAUAUGUUAUGCCAUGAUUGUGAGAGGUCCUCAUGAUACAUCGCUGAUCACUAACUGAUGUCCUCCUUGGGCUCAUGGAUUACUGGUGAUAAACCGGUAUGACACUUAAUCUUUUGGUUUAUGUGGUUUUGGAGGUCUGUAGCUCGGUUUUGUUUGUUGUCUUUGGCUUAAAGGAAAAUUCCAAGCACCAUAAGCCGUACAGCGCACUGCUUGUAGUGUCUUCUCGAUCUAUGUUGCAAUUGAUCAGAUGUUUGUUUUUGUGUGUUUUGUAGCUGUUCUUUUAACAUGCUUUUCUACAGUUCUGUCGAGUACGUUUGUCAUUUUAUGCAUAACUUAAUGGACUUUCUUUCAGGUGAAGUGCCUCAGGCUGACCAUUUAGUGUUUAUGGUACAUGGCAUCGGACCAGUUUGUGACUUGCGCUGUAGAAGCAUUGUGGAGUGUGGUGAGUGAUUGUCAGAACUUUUCUAUUUUAUUUCAUAAGAAAAUAAGAGUGGCAAAGUUGGAUCGAGUUUGUUCUAGAGGUGCACUGUACUGUUAAAAUGACUUUCACUCUGCACUGGCUGCCUUAGAAUGUUCCAAAGCUGGUUUAAUUAGAACUACAUUUCCCUAUAACCUUAGUAGUCUUUGUUUGCAGAUUAUACUUUUGUGACUAGUUGUCUUGAACAAUCAAAUAUAUAGGAUUCAUAAAGGUGAACUGUUCAUUAUGGGAUUGCCAUUGAGGAGAUUUGGAGUCAUCAUAUAAACAUCAUAUGAUAUUAUGUUUUUUAUUUAUUGUUUUCCUCUAUUAAGUAUAAAUUUUUAUUUUUGCUUUUAAAUAGUGGAUGAUUUCAGAACAGUUUCCCUAAAGCUUCUCAGAACCCACUUUAAGAAGCCACAUGAAGAAGGCAGAGUGAGGCGCGUUGAGUUCCUGCCGGUACAUUGGCAUAGCACCCUCCACGGAGAUGCCACUGGGGUGGAUCGGUCAGUACCUUCGCUGUUUUUAUAAAUAUCUCUCUUCCUGGCUGCAAAAUAAGAGAGUAAUUGAUGGCUGUUUUCAGCAAACAGUAAUAUUGCACAGUGAGAGAGAGUUUGUGAGUGUAAAGGGGAAUCCUAAGCACCAUCACAACUUUAAAUUAUUGUAAAAUGUCCCAGCUCUUAUCAUAGUUUAGAACAGAAACAACUUGUAAAAAUCUCUGUAGCUGUAAUCCACACUCUCAGAGCUGCCGAAGGUAGGAGACAUUUAAUGUAAGAAAAGGAAUACACAUUCAUUUUGGGCACACAUGCCCUUUAUCAGCUUACAGUGGGGGAGGCAAUAUACAUUCAUAAAAGAUGUUUGUAUAUUCCUUUCCCUACAUUAAAUGUUUGCGUGGCACUAGUGCACCCAGAGCUUUCUGUACCUGUGUUUCUAUCCGUUCCUAAAUUUGAAUUUCUGUGUACACUUGUCUAAGCAAGCAGUAUUUGUGGUUUAUUGACAGCAGUGCAGUUUGACCUUUUUUAACCCAUAUAAGUACUGCAGUAACCUCCUCCAUCAUAUUAUUUGCAAAUUGUCAGACAGCUGUUUUAGUCUGGCUGAUGGUAUCUGGUGUGUGUGUGUGUGUGCGCAUGCAUAGUGGAGGAAACAGGGCUGACCUGUAGAUCUUACACACAUCCUAGUUCCCUAGUGGUAGCUUCAAUGAACACUACAAUUGCCAAAACCACAUACAGCUUGUUCUUUUCAGUAUGGCUGCGAUCAGCCUUCUGCUUAUCAUAUGCAAAGUUCCCUUAAUAAAGUGGUUUUGGUGCAUAGACUCUGUCCAUCUUUUCGGAAAUGGUAAAAAAUAAACAAAACACUAUUUCAAAGAGAUUAUUUAAAAAAAUAAAGAUUAAGAAUUUUCUGAUGCUAAAAUCUAGAUUUUCAUAAUUUGUCAGUAAAAUUAAACGUGUCUAAUCCUGGUUCGUUGUUGAUGCCCAGGUAUGGACUGUAGAAAUAUGCUAAAUUGAAUGGGGUUGCAGUUGUCUGCCUCAUUUAAUGUAAAGGCAGUGGAGGUAAUAUCAGCAGAGUCUCCUAAGGUCAUUUGUUUUCGUUUUUCAAUAUGUUGAAUAAUUAUUUCCCGCCAUAAUUGGCCAUGUUGGAAACAUUAGAGCACCAGAGUUGAAAACAACCCUUUCCUGCACAGUUAAAUGUUGGGAAUGUAUCUGCAUAUCCCACUGAUUGGCUGCUCAUAUGAUAACAUGCUCUUUUCAGUCUUGUUUUUUAUCAGAACAAAAGAAAAUGCAAGGGCUGUGCCACAGGUAAACACUAAUAGUACAACUUAUUUGGCACAAAAGCAGAAAUAGGUCUGGUGCAAAAGUCUCACAAAGAAAGUUCUUAUAAUCCAAAAAUGAAAAAGUCAGUGCUUGAUAGGAUUCAACUUGACCAUAGAUAAUAUGGUAGACAAAAGACAAGGAUAGGUGAUGGUGUAGCUUGUUAAGUGCAGUCUUUUAUAUAAGGAAAAGAUAACGAUGGGACACUCACAUUUGGAAGAGCUAUAGCCAGCUCUAGCAGUAUAGGCAUACAGCGGUAUAAUCCCCGCUUUAAAGGAUAAACCGCAACUGUCAACCACAUUCACACCAAGAUGAUAUAAAAGACAGGAAACGGGAACAGGUGAUCGUGCAGACUGUAUGAUUCAAUCAGAUAAAAGUAUAAGAUAAUGAUGGAACACUUACAUUUAGAAGAGCUAUUGCCAGCUCUAGCAGUAUAGGUCUACAGCGGCAUAAUUCCUGCUUUAAAGGUAGUGAGAGCAGAUAGUGCUCUCAAUAAAAUAGAGUAAUCUAAUAAAAUUUAAGUAAAAUUUUUCUUACAAGGAUAGAGCAGACUGACUGCACUAUGAACACAGCGUUGGUGGUAUUAUCCCCACCUUGGGAUUACUUGAAGUAUAACACUUAGAAUUACCAGGGAAAGUGCAUAUAACAAAGGAGAUUGGCACACAAAGGUGACCAAAAAACCUUUAAUAAGUUAAAAUACACAAUAUUAAAUGUCCAAAACGCGUUUCACCUUAAGGGAUUCCCUUUGCUGUGGCCGCUGCCUACCCAAUAAUCCUGCGUUAAUUAGCACUGACCUGUUUUGUAUUUUGUUUUGAUCAGUAACGGGAACGAAAGGUUUAAAAAUGUUGAUGAAUUCCAAGAUGGCAUUUUAAAGAACUUUUUAAUUCGAGAUUUCACCAAUAAGAAGAUUGGCAUCUGACCUGUUUGUAACUCUGCAAGUCUUCCUGUCUAUGCAGGCAUAUUCGAAAGAUCUCACUACCCAGUAUCAGUCGCCUCCGCCACUUCACCAAUGAGACACUAUUGGACAUCUUAUUCUACAACAGCCCGACUUACUGUCAGACCAUUGUGGAUAAAGUCAGUUUGGAGCUCAACCGCCUGUACGAGCUGUUCAUGAGUCGAAACCCAGGCUUUAAAGGAGGCGUGUCCGUGGCAGGCCACAGUUUAGGUAAUUCAGAGUAAGAUAUGCAAUGUUGGGUAAUAUGAUAGUCCACCACUGACUUUUAUUGUCCGACAGUGGAGAUCUGCUCUAUCAAACACGUCUGCAUUGUUAAUAAAACAUGUAUUAUUUUAAUUUUCUUUUUUUUUUUCUUUCAAGGUUCAUUGAUUCUAUUUGACCUGCUUUCCAAUCAGACUGAUUUAAGGUCUACACCUCCCAUGCCUGUUGUUUCUCCCCCUGUAAAUGGCCCUUUAAAAAAAGAAAUUGCGGACAACAAACCGGUAUGUUAGAGCAAUCCAGUGUCAAUCUGUGUGUGCAAUAACUUUCACAAUGGCAAUCUGUGUGUGCAAUAACCUUCACAACGGCGAUCUGCCUGUGCAAUAAGCUUCACACGGCAAUCUGCCUGUGCAAUAAGCUUCACACGGCAAUCUGCCUGUGCAAUACUCUUCUUGUAUAUUAUGUGUGUUGCCCAUGGCAUGACAAUCCGUGUGUACUGCGUCCUUUGUUUGUACAAUUACCUUCUUAUGGCGAUCUUAGUGUGUCUGAUGUGGCAAUCUUAGUGUGUCUGAUGCCCAUUAUGUGGCAAUCCUAGUGUGUCUGAUGCCCAUUAUGUGGCAAUCUUAGUCUGUCAGAUGUGGCAAUCUUAUUCAAAGUAGAUCAUCUGUGUACAGUGUUAGACUCAUUGAUAUUUUGGAUAUGGCAAAAUGGGUUGGGGUGUCCCUCCUGAUUCUGUCACUGGAUAGCUGGCUGUCUUGAACUGAUUACAGGAGAUCGUGAAAAAACCUAUUUUACCAGUGAGAAGGAAAUGGGAGCAAGCCCUAAAUAUUAGAAUCCAUACUGAACAAUGGGCUGACUCACUAAAACUGGUCCAAAAGAAAGUUCACUCUUUAAAUUUAACGGGAGUUCAUUAUAAAAUUCUAAAUAAAUGGUACUUGGUCCCAAGUAGACUGUCUAUGACCUAUUAUUAUGUUUCACAUAUAGAGAGGAGAUUCCAUGUGUAUAUGGUGGGACUGUCAACCUAAGCAACAUUUUUGGAAUAGGAUUCAUGCUAACGUUUAAGUUUUACUCCGUAAACCGAAUCGAAUUCCAUCCAAGUUUAUUUCUAUUGCAGCUAAAUUUUCAAAACAUCUUCGCUCCGUCCUCAAUGAUUGUUUAUACACAUUAGCUGAAACUGGAAAUCGACUCUAGUUCCCUGCUGGAGGGUAGUUAAAGAACAUCUUCUUUGUUUUGUUUUUUUUUGUUUUUUUUUUUUUCAAAUUAAAAUGGAGAUGGAUAUUUCUAAGUCCUUAUAUGUUAUAGGGACACUAUAGUCACCUGAACAACUUUAGCUUAAUGAAGCAGUUUUGGUGUAUAGAACAUGCCCCUGCAGCCUCACUGCUCAAUCCUCUGCCAUUUAGAAGUUAAAUCCCUUUGUUUAUGAACCCUAGUCACACCUCCCUGCAUGUGACUUGCACAGCCUUCCAUAAACACUUCCUGUAAAGAGAGCCCUAUUUAGGCUUUCUUUAUUGCAAGUUCUGUUUAAUUAAGAUUUUCUUAUCCCCUGCUAUGUUAAUAGCUUGCUAGACCCUGCAAGAGCCUCCUGUAUGUGAUUAAAGUUCAAUUUAGAGAUUGAGAUACAAUUAUUUAAGGUAAAUUACAUCUGUUUGAAAGUGAAACCAGUUUUUUUUUCAUGCAGGCUCUGUCAAUCAUAGCCAGGGGAGGUGUGGCUAGGGCUGCAUAAACAGAAACAAAGUGAUUUAACCCCUUCAGGACCUAACUCUUUUUGCAAUGUUUGUGCUUUAAGGACCAGAGCUAUUUUAACACUUUUGUGGUGUUUGUGUUUAGCUGUAAUUUUCCUCUCUCUCAUUUACUGUUCCGAUACAAAUUAUAUAUUGGUUUUUUUUUCAAGACAAAAAGGGCUUUCUUUACAUACUAUUAUUUUUAUCAUGUCAUAUCAUUUAAUUAAAAAAAUUAUAAAAUAUGGUGAAAAAUUAAAAAAAAACAUUUUUUUUUUUUUUUACUUACUUUAAAAAUCUUUUACUGAUCUACAAAAUCGAAUGAAACAAACUGUUAAAUAGAUUCAAAAUGUUGUCCUGAGUUUAAAAACACCCAAUGUUUGUUUUUUUGCUUUUAUUUGCAAGUUAUAGGGCUAUAAGUACAAGUAGGAAAUUGCUGUUUCAAAAUGUACAUUUUUCAAAUGUAUCAAUAGUGACAUUGUAACACUGUUAUGUCAUAAAUCUCCCCAAAACACCCCAUUUGUAUAUAUUUUUUUUAAAGUAGACAACCCAGUGUAUUCAUCUAAGAAUAUUUUGAUACUUUCUAUGCAGCCAUUUUACCACAAACCUUUGCCAAACUUUGCAUAGGUAGUUUAUUUUUAUUUAUUUUUUUCACACACAUUGUACUUUAGGCAUGAAUUACCAGAUUGAGUUAUGUGUCACUGCCAAACACCACCCCAAUAUGUGUUCAGCAAGAUCUCCUGAGUACAGUGAUACCACCCAUGCAUAGGCUUGUCGGAUUUCUUGGGGGCUAAAAGGCUAUGUUUGGCAGGUGCGCAUAUCAGUUUCCCAAUGUCCCAUUUGAGCCAUUAUAUUUUACCCCGAUCAAACCAUAUAUUUUUGAAAAGUAGACAACCCAGGGUAUUUUAAAUGGUGGUAUUUAACACUUUUCAUGCACUGAAUUCUACCACCAGCCUUGGUCAAGCUUUUGGGUUGUAAUAUUUUUUUUGUUUCUUUGUCACACACAUUGUACUUUAGGCAUGAUUUAACACCCCAAUAUGUGUUCAGCAACAUCUCCCGAGUACAGUGAUACCCCCCAUGUAUAGGGUUGCUGGGUUGUUUGGGGGCUAAAAGGCAACAAUAAGAAUUUGUACAUGUCAGUUUUUCAACUUGAUAUAUAGGUCUGCUUGGCCUAUCUUCAGUUGGACAUAUUUUUGCACCGCCCAGUUAAUGUUACCAUCAUGGCAGUAUAUAUUUUUAUAAAGUAGACAUCAAAUGUUAUGGGGUGUUUUGACUUCUUUCCCCCAACCAUAUGAAUGCUUUCCUAUGUGACCGGCUGAAUGCGCGCGCAGCUCUUGCCGCGCGUGCACAUUCAGCCGACGGGGAGGAGAAGAGGAGAAGAGGAGGAUCGGAGGAGGAGAGCUCCCCGCCCAGCGCUGGAAAAAGGUAAGUUUUAACCCCAUUCCCCCUUCCAGAGCUGGGCGGGAGUGGGACCCUGAGGGUGGGGGCACCCUCAGGGCACUAUAGUGCCAGGAAAAAGUGUUCUCCUGGCACUAUAGUGGCCCUUUAACAUUAAUGCCUGCGUUGGCACUAAAAUGGGGGACGUUGGGCUCGGCUAACUGUCGAGGUACCCAGUCCUCCUCCACAUUCGACGUAGCAGAGGAAGCACAGCUUCUUUCUUCAGCCAGCUCACACACAGAUGACAUGUCGUGUUGACUAGACGUGUCAGAAAACUGACCUGGGUCAAAAUCUGACGCAGUAUCAGUGGAGUCAGUCUGACGCCAAGAAGGCAUAUGCCUCCUGCAAGUUGUACAUACGCUGCAUGUUUUACACACGACUAAAACAAAUUACAAACACAAAUUGUUUUGUUUUUUUUAAUACUUAAACAGACUAAACAGCAAUCCCUAAACUAACUCUAAACUAACACAAAAAUCUAAUGGAGAUUUGGGGGAAGGAAACUGACUAAGACAGACCAAGACACAGAUUUUUAAAACAAAUGUAACCCUUUACAGGGAAAAAAAAAAUACAGACCGUACAAAUGCACUGCUGUAACAGAUCUGGCAGGGAACGGGUUAAAAAUGAUUUUUUUUUUAACACUUAUAAAGCUGGAACUUCUGCAAGAAACUAUCACAAUCUCUGUCUCUCGUCUCACAAAACGCUACAGAGGAGAGAGGGGCAGAGAUCAGUGUCAAAGUGAGUGUUUGUUUGUAACACCCACUUUGAUAGCAGCCAAUUGUGAGCGAUCGCGGAUUGCUCACACGCCGCAAUAGGCUGUUACUAUCUGCCUGGGAUGUCUGGCAGAUAGUUAUAGUGUUAUACCGGCGGGAGCGAUCUUUGAUUGCUUCCCGCAUCCUGUUUUUUCGCUAUGACGGUUCAGGGCCGUCAGCGGUCCAAACGCACGUUUUACCAUUGACGGUCCUGAACCAUCAGUGGUCCUAAAGGGGUUAACUCCUAAAUGACAUUGAAUUGAGCAGUGAAAUUGCAGGGGAAUGAUCCAUACACUAAAACUGCUUUUUUUAGAUGACUAUAGUGUUCCUUUAAUUCUAAGAAAUGGUUAAAAUCUGUCGAAUUUCUAAUGGGUAACUCCUUCCCCAGGCGUUGGUAUUGUUGUGGUUUUUGUGUUUUGUUUUUUAAAUUCAUUUAUUUAUUUUUUUCUCUACUAAUCUUUCUCCUUUUGGUCUCUCUCCCCGCGUGGAAUCUUGUCUUAUUGUGUUUUGUUUUUUAUAUUUAUUUAGGAGUUUAAGAACUGUAUAUUUACGUUUUGUUUGUCGUAGUCUUGGUUAGUAUAUGUAUAUUGUGCUAAUUAAUAAAGGUUAACAAGAAAAUUAACUAGUAAACGAUGUGUUUAUUGUCUGAGAAUAGUGUGUGUUCCUAAAUGUCUAAUUAUGACACUCCCACUUUUUUGAUUAGAUAUCUCAAGCCGCCCUACUGGAUUGUCCUCGUGUUCCUGAUGAAGCCAGUGACUCUGACUUGUUGCAGGAAGAUUCACUAAAUCUGGAGGAGGCUCUGGAGUCCCUCAGCCUGGCAGAGUAUGUCAGUGUGUUUGAAAAGGAGAAGAUGGACAUGGAGUCCCUGGUAAUGUGCCCUUUAAUAUAUGUGACCUAAUUAGAAUGAAUAGCAGUAUAGUUAUCACUUAACAGAAAGUAAGAGAGUGAGUGUUUCUCAAACCGUCUGCACAAUGUCAGGAGAAUUUAUUUUCUUGCUUCUAAAGCGGUUAGUCCUGAGACGGUCCACUGAUCCAGGCAGGGCCGCCAUCAGGGCAUGACCACCAUAAUGGUUGUCUGGGGCCCGAACUGCUCUGGCAGUCCGAGACCCACAUUCCUUAUGUGCACAAACACACAUAUGUAUGUACACAUACACACAGAUGGCCCCCUGCUACCUGUACAUUAAAGAGGGAGCCCAGCAGCACACUCUGUCUAACUUUCUUGUGCCCUGCGGCCACAGGCCUGUCUCGCAAGAGUUAGUCAGAGAGGAGCUGGAAAGGAAGACAGUGUGUGCUGCUGGGCCCCCUCUUCAAUGUACCGUGGCUGGCUCCCUCCACCAUGCCACAGGACCACCAGGGAAUGCGAUUUUCCCCCCUCCCUGGCACGGAAAGGGGGAAUAAAAUUGAAAUAUACUUAAAAAAAAAUAAAAAAAAAAUAAAAAAAAAAUACUCCCCUCCCCCCUAUUUUACACACACUCUGCACUACACAGACACACACACACACACACACACACACACACACACACACACGAAACACACUCUGCACUACACGCACACUACAUUCACUAAACUCUGCACUACACGCACACUACAUUCACUAAACACUCUGCACUACGCACACUACAUUCACUAAAGACACUCUGCACUAAACACUGCACUGCGCGCACACACACUCUGCACUACACACACACUACAUUCACUAAACACUCUGCACUACGCACACUACAUUCACUAAAGACACUCUGCACUAAACACUGCACUGCGCGCACACACACUCUGCACUACACACACACUACAUUCACUAAACACUCUGCACUACGCACACUACAUUCACUAAAGACACUCUGCACUAAACACUGCACUGCGCGCACACACACUCUGCACUACACACACACUACAUUCACUAAACACACUCUGCACUACACACACACACUACAUUCACUAAACACUCUGCACUACACAUACUCACACUACAUUCACUAAACACAUACUGCACUACACACACACACACACACACACAUUGCACUCACUACAAACACACUACAUUCACUAUACACACUACAUCCACUACAAAAACACACACUCUGCAUUCACUAUACACACACUCUGCAUCUAAUGCAUGCAUACAAACAUUACAUACAUUACACAAAAUGUACAAUCUGCAUCCACUAUACACACUGCAUUCACUGUACACACACACUGCAUCCACUGUACACACACACACUUCAUCCUUGUGGGCGGACUCGGGGCUGCCCCGGGGGCCCAGAUCUGUGUCAGGGGCCCUAAAAUUUGGGGAUGAAUGAGGGCUGACCAGCAGAUUUGUAAUCGCAGAGAAAGUCAAUCUGAAAUGACUCUGCACUCAAUACAAAAACUACAUUUAUUAAACACACUUUGCACUACACAACUCUUGCACUGCUGGGGAGUUCAGAAACUCCUGCACACCCCAAGGACACUGUCACAUUGCAUGGUGUAUGAAGCACAGGUAGCUGAAUGAAGGGUAUGGUCACUCUGCAUGGUGUAUGGGAGCACAGGUAGCUGAAUGAAGGGUAUGGUCACUCUGCAUGGUGUAUGAAGCACAGGUAGCUGAAUGAAGGGUAUGGUCACUCUGCAUGGUGUAUGAAGCACAGGUAGCUGAAUGAAAGGUAUGGUCACUCUGAUUGCAUGGUGUAUGAAGCACAGGUAGCUGAAUGAAAGGUAUGGUCACUCUGGCUGGUGUAUGGGAGCACAGGUAGCUGAAUGAAAGGUAUGGUCACUCUGCAUGGUGUGUGAAGCACAGGUAGCGGAAUGAAAGGUAUGGUCACUCUGCCUGCUGUAUGGGAGCACAGGUAGCUGAAUGAAAGGUAUGGUCACUCUGCAUAGUGUAUGAAGCACAGGUAGCUGAAUGAAAGCUAUGGUCACUCUGCAUGGUGUAUGAAGCACAGGUAGCUGAAUGAAAGCUAUGGUCACUCUGCAUGGUGUAUGAAGCACAGGUAGCUGAAUGAAAGCUAUGGUCACUCUGCAUGGUGUGUGAAGCACAGGUAGCUGAAUGAAAGGUAUGGUCACUCUGCAUGGUGUAUGAAGCACAGGUAGCUGAAUGAAAGGUAUGGUCACUCUGCAUGGUGUAUGAAGCACAGGUAGCUGAAUGAAAGGUAUGGUCACAUUGAUUGCAUAGUGUAUGAAGCACAGGUAGCUGAAUGAAAGGUAUGGUCACUCUGCAUGGUGUGUGAAGCACAGGUAGCUGAAUGAAAGGUAUGGUCACUCUGCAUGGUGUAUGGGAGCACAGGUAGCUGAAUGAAAGGUAUGGUCACUCUGAUUGCUGGUGUAUGAAGCACAGGUAGCCGAAUGAAAGGUAUGGUCACAUUGAUUGCAUGGUGUAUGAAGCACAGGCAGCUGAAUGAAAGCUAUGGUCACUCUGCAUGGUGUGUGAAGCACAGGUAGCUGAAUGAAAGGUAUGGUCACCCUGCAUGGUGUAUGGGAGCACAGGUAGCUGAAUGAAAGGUAUGGUCACUCUGAUUGCUGGUGUAUGAAGCACAGGUAGCCGAAUGAAAGGUAUGGUCACAUUGAUUGCAUGGUGUAUGAAGCACAGGUAGCUGAAUGAAAGCUAUGGUCACUCUGCAUGGUGUGUGAAGCACAGGUAGCUGAAUGAAAGGUAUGGUCACAUUGAUUGCAUGGUGUAAGAAGCACAGGUUGCUGAAUGAAAGGUAUGGUCACUCUGCCUGGUGUAUGGGAGCACAGGUAGCUGAAUGAAAGGUAUGGUCACUCUGCAUGGUGUAUGAAGCACAGGUAGCUGAAUGAAAGGUAUGGUCACUCUGCAUGGUGUAUGAAGCACAGGUAGCUGAAUGAAAGCUAUGGUCACUCUGCAUGGUGUGUGAAGCACAGGUAGCUGAAUGAAAGGUAUGGUCACUCUGCAUGGUGUAUGAAGCACAGGUAGCUGAAUGAAAGGUAUGGUCUCUCUGCAUGGUGUAUGAAGCACAGGUAGCUGAAUGAAAGCUAUGGUCACUCUGCAUGGUGUGUGAAGCACAGGUAGCUGAAUGAAAGGUAUGGUCACUCUGCAUGGUGUAUGAAGCACAGGUAGCUGAAUGAAAGGUAUGGUCACAUUGAUUGCAUAGUGUAUGAAGCACAGGUUGCUGAAUGAAAGGUAUAGUCACUCUGCAUGGUGUAUGAAGCACAGGUAGCUGAAUGAAAGGUAUGGUCACUCUGCCUGGUGUAUGGGAGCACAGGUAGCUGAAUGAAAGGUAUGGUCACUCUGCAUGGUGUGUGAAGCACAGGUAGCGGAAUGAAAGGUAUUGUCACUCUGCUUGCUGAAAGGUAUGGUCACUCUGCAUGGUGUAUGGGAGCACAGGUAGCUGAAUGAAAGGUAUGGUCACUCUGAUUGCUGGUGUAUGAAGCACAGGUAGCCGAAUGAAAGGUAUGGUCACAUUGAUUGCAUGGUGUAUGAAGCACAGGUAGCUGAAUGAAAGCUAUGGUCACUCUGCAUGGUGUAUGGGAGCACAGGUAGCGGAAUGAAAGGUAUGGUCACAUUGAUUGCAUGGUGUAUGAAGCACAGGUUGCUGAAUGAAGGGUAUGGUCACUCUGCAUGGUGUAUGAAGCACAGGUAGCUGAAUGAAAGGUAUGGUCACUCUGCAUGGUGUAUGAAGCACAGGUAGCUGAAUGAAAGCUAUGGUCACUCUGCAUGGUGUAUGAAGCACAGGUAGCUGAAUGAAAGCUAUGGUCACUCUGCAUGGUGUAUGAAGCACAGGUAGCUGAAUGAAAGCUAUGGUCACUCUGCAUGGUGUAUGAAGCACAGGUAGCUGAAUGAAAGGUAUGGUCACUCUGCAUGGUGUAUGAAGCACAGGUAGCUGAAUGAAAGGUAUGGUCACUCUGAUUGCAUGGUGUAUGAAGCACAGGUAGCUGAAUGAAAGGUAUGGUCACUCUGCCUGGUGUAUGGGAGCACAGGUAGCUGAAUGAAAGGUAUGGUCACUCUGCAUGGUGUAUGAAGCACAGGUAGCUGAAUGAAAGGUAUGGUCACUCUGCAUGGUGUGUGAAGCACAGGUAGCUGAAUGAAAGGUAUGGUCACAUUGAUUGCAUAGUGUAUGAAGCACAGGUUGCUGAAUGAAAGGUAUGGUCACUCUGCAUGGUGUAUGAAGCACAGGUAGCUGAAUGAAAGGUAUGGUCACUCUGCCUGGUGUAUGGGAGCACAGGUAGCUGAAUGAAAGGUAUGGUCACUCUGCAUGGUGUGUGAAGCACAGGUAGCGGAAUGAAAGGUAUGGUCACUCUGCCUGCUGUAUGGGAGCACAGGUAGCUGAAUGAAAGGUAUGGUCACUCUGCAUAGUGUAUGAAGCACAGGUAGCGGAAUUAAAGGUAUGGUCACUCUGCCUGGUGUAUGGGAGCACAGGUAGCUGAAUGAAAGGUAUGGUCACUCUGAUUGCUGGUGUAUGAAGCACAGGUAGCUGAAUGAAAGGUAUGGUCACAUUGAUUGCAUGGUGUAUGAAGCACAGGUAGCUGAAUGAAAGCUAUGGUCACUCUGCAUGGUGUGUGAAGCACAGGUAGCUGAAUGAAAGGUAUGGUCACUCUGCAUGGUGUAUGGGAGCACAGGUAGCUGAAUGAAAGUCACUCUGAUUGCUGGUGCCAAGCACAGAGUAGCCAGAUAGAAAGGUAUGAGUCACACAUUGAUUGCAUGGUGUAUGAAACACAGGUAGCCUGAAUAGAAAGCUAUGGUCACUCUGCAUGGUGUGUGAAGCACAGGUAGCUGAAUGAAAGGUAUGGUCACUCUGCCUGGUGUAUGAAGCACAGGUAGCUGAAUGAAAGGUAUGGUCACAUUGAUUGCAUAGUGUAUGAAGCACAGGUUGCUGAAUGAAAGGUAUGGUCACUCUGCAUGGUGUAUUGGAGCACAGGUAGCUGAAUGAAAGGUAUGGUCACUCUGAUUGCUGGUGUAUGAAGCACAGGUAGCCGAAUGAAAGGUAUGGUCACAUUGAUUGCAUGGUGUAUGAAGCACAGGUAGCUGAAUGAAAGCUAUGGUCACUCUGCAUGGUGUGUGAAGCACAGGUAGCUGAAUGAAAGGUAUGGUCACAUUGAUUGCAUGGUGUAUGAAGCACAGGUUGCUGAAUGAAAGUUAUGGUCACUCUGCAUGGUGUAUGAAGCACAGGUAGCUGAAUGAAAGGUAUGGUCACUCUGCAUGGUGUAUGAAGCACAGGUAGCUGAAUGAAAGCUAUGGUCACUCUGCAUGGUGUGUGAAGCACAGGUAGCUGAAUGAAAGGUAUGGUCACUCUGCAUGGUGUAUGAAGCACAGGUAGCUGAAUGAAAGGUAUGGUCACAUAAAUUGCAUAGUGUAUGAAGCACAGGUUGCUGAAUGAAAGGUAUGGUCACUCUGCAUGGUGUAUGAAGCACAGGUAGCUGAAUGAAAGGUAUGGUCACUCUGCCUGGUGUAUGGGAGCACAGGUAGCUGAAUGAAAGAUAUGGUCACUCUGCAUGGUGUGUGAAGCACAGGUAGCGGAAUGAAAGGUAUGGUCACUCUGCCUGGUGUAUGAAGCACAGGUAGCUGAAUGAAAGGUAUGGUCACAUUGAUUGCAUAGUGUAUGAAGCACAGGUUGCUGAAUGAAAGGUAUGGUCACUCUGCAUGGUGUAUGAAGCACAGGUAGCUGAAUGAAAGGUAUGGUCACUCUGCAUGGUGUAUGAAGCACAGGUAGCUGAAUGAAAGGUAUGGUCACUCUGCAUGGUGUAUGAAGCACAGGUAGCUGAAUGAAAGGUAUGGUCACAUUGAUUGCAUAGUGUAUGAAGCACAGGUUGCUGAAUGAAAGGUAUGGUCACUGCUGAAGCAGGUGCCUGCUGUAUGGGAGCACAGGUAGCUGAAUGAAAGGUAUGGUCACUCUGCAUAGUGUAUGAAGCACAGGUAGCGGAAUUAAAGGUAUGGUCACUCUGCCUGGUGUAUGGGAGCACAGGUAGCUGAAUGAAAGGUAUGGUCACUCUGAUUGCUGGUGUAUGAAGCACAGGUAGCCGAAUGAAAGGUAUGGUCACUCUGCAUGGUGUAUGAAGCACAGGUAGCGGAAUGAAAGGUAUGGUCACUCUGCAUGGUUUGUGAAGCACAGGUAGCUGAAUGAAAGGUAUGGUCACUCUGAUUGCUGGUGUAUGAAGCACAGGUAGCCGAAUGAAAGGUAUGGUCACUCUGCAUGGUGUGUGAAGCACAGGUAGCUGAAUGAAAGCUAUGGUCACUCUGCAUGGUGUGUGAAGCACAGGUAGCUGAAUGAAAGGUAUGGUCACUCUGAUUGCAUGGUGUAUGAAGCACAGGUAGCUGAAUGAAAGGUAUGGUCACUCUGCCUGGUGUAUGGGAGCACAGGUAGCGGAAUGAAAGGUAUGGUCACUCUGCCUGCUGUAUGGGUGCACAGGUAGCUGAAUGAAAGGUAUGGUCACUCUGCAUGGUGUAUGAAGCACAGGUAGCGGAAUGAAAGGUAUGGUCACUCUGCCUGGUGUAUGAAGCACAGGUAGCGGAAUGAAAGGUAUGGUCACUCUGCCUGGUGUAUGGGAGCACAGGUAGCUGAAUGGUGCGCAUGGUCACUCUGCAUAGUGUAUGUAGCUACUGCGGGUAGCUUAGAAUGAAAGGUAUGGUCACUCUGCCUGCUGUAUGGGAGCACAGGUAGCUGAAUGAAAGGUAUGGUCACUCUGCAUAGUGUAUGAAGCACAGGUAGCGGGAUUAAAGGUAUGGUCACUCUGCCUGGUGUAUGGGAGCACAGGUAGCUGAAUGAAAGGUAUGGUCACUCUGAUUGCUGGUGUAUGAAGCACAGGUAGCCGAAUGAAAGGUAUGGUCACAUUGAUUGCAUGGUGUAUGAAGCACAGGUAGCUGAAUGAAAGCUAUGGUCACUCUGCAUGGUGUGUGAAGCACAGGUAGCUGAAUGAAAGGUAUGGUCACUCUGCAUGGUGUAUGUGUGAAGCACAGGUAGCUGAAUGAAAGGUAUGGUCACAUUGAUUGCAUGGUGUAUGAAGCACAGGUUGCUGAAUGAAAGUUAUGGUCACUCUGCAUGGUGUAUGAAGCACAGGUAGCUGAAUGAAAGGUAUGGUCACUCUGCAUGGUGUAUGAAGCACAGGUAGCUGAAUGAAAGCUAUGGUCACUCUGCAUGGUGUGUGAAGCACAGGUAGCUGAAUGAAAGGUAUGGUCACUCUGCAUGGUGUAUGAAGCACAGGUAGCUGAAUGAAAGGUAUGGUCACAUAAAUUGCAUAGUGUAUGAAGCACAGGUUGCUGAAUGAAAGGUAUGGUCACUCUGCAUGGUGUAUGAAGCACAGGUAGCUGAAUGAAAGGUAUGGUCACUCUGCCUGGUGUAUGGGAGCACAGGUAGCUGAAUGAAAGGUAUGGUCACUCUGCAUGGUGUGUGAAGCACAGGUAGCGGAAUGAAAGGUAUGGUCACUCUGCCUGGUGUAUGAAGCACAGGUAGCUGAAUGAAAGGUAUGGUCACAUUGAUUGCAUAGUGUAUGAAGCACAGGUUGCUGAAUGAAAGAUAUGGUCACUCUGCAUGGUGUAUGAAGCACAGGUAGCUGAAUGAAAGGUAUGGUCACUCUGCAUGGUGUAUGAAGCACAGGUAGCGGAAUGAAAGGUAUGGUCACUCUGCAUGGUGUAUGAAGCACAGGUAGCUGAAUGAAAGGUAUGGUCACAUUGAUUGCAUAGUGUAUGAAGCACAGGUUGCUGAAUGAAAGGUAUGGUCACUCUGCAUGGUGUAUGAAGCACAGGUAGCUGAAUGAAAGGUAUGGUCACUCUGCAUGGUGUAUGGGAGCACAGGUAGCUGAAUGAAAGGUAUGGUCACUCUGCAUGGUGUAUGGGAGCACAGGUAGCUGAAUGAAAGGUAUGGUCACUCUGCAUGGUGUAUGAAGCACAGGUAGCGGAAUGUAAGGUAUGGUCACUCUGAUUGCUGGUGUAUGGGAGCACAGGUAGCUGAAUGAAAGGUAUGGUCACUCUGCAUGGUUUAUGAAGCACAGGUAGCUGAAUGAAAGGUAUGGUCACUCUGCCUGGUGUAUGGGAGCACAGGUAGCUGAAUGAAAGGUAUGGUCACUCUGCCUGCUGUAUGGGAGCACAGGUAGCUGAAUGAAAGGUAUGGUCACUCUGCAUAGUGUAUGAAGCACAGGUAGCGGAAUUAAAGGUAUGGUCACUCUGCCUGGUGUAUGGGAGCACAGGUAGCUGAAUGAAAGGUAUGGUCACUCUGAUUGCUGGUGUAUGAAGCACAGGUAGCCGAAUGAAAGGUAUGGUCACUCUGAUUGCAUGGUGUAUGAAGCACAGGUAGCUGAAUGAAAGGUAUGGUCACUCUGCCUGGUGUAUGGGAGCACAGGUAGCUGAAUGAAAGGUAUGGUCACUCUGCAUGGUGUAUGAAGCACAGGUAGCUGAAUGAAAGGUAUGGUCACUCUGCAUGGUGUAUGAAGCACAGGUAGCUGAAUGAAAGGUAUGGUCACAUUGAUUGCAUAGUGUAUGAAGCACAGGUUGCUGAAUGAAAGGUAUAGUCACUCUGCAUGGUGUAUGAAGCACAGGUAGCUGAAUGAAAGGUAUGGUCACUCUGCCUGGUGUAUGGGAGCACAGGUAGCUGAAUGAAAGGUAUGGUCACUCUGCAUGGUGUGUGAAGCACAGGUAGCGGAAUGAAAGGUAUAGUCACUCUGCCUGCUGUAUGGGUAUGGUCACUCUGCAUGGUGUAUGGGAGCACUCUGCAUGGUGUAUGAAGCACAGGUAGCGGAAUGAAAGGUAUGGUCACUCUGCCUGGUGUAUGGGAGCACAGGUAGCUGAAUUAAAGGUAUGGUCACUCUGAUUGCUGGUGUAUGGGAGAACAGGUAGCUGAAUGAAAGGUAUGGUCACUCUGCAUGGUUUAUGAAGCACAGGUAGCUGAAUGAAAGGUAUGGUCACGCUGAUAUAUUAAAAUAUAAAUAUAUAUAAAAAGUUUAUGGUGGGGGAAACAAUUGUGAUUGAAAACCCCUUCAACCUAAGUCUGUAGAUAGUUAAUACAAUGUUAAACAAAUAUCUGCACACCAGUCAAGCCAUAAGACUUGCUUUUUCCACAGAAAUCACACAUCUGCAGUGAUGUUACUACCGCAAAGGAUUCUGGGUGGGCAUAUGCAAAUUAGUUUAACACUCAAAUUUUUGCCUCAUUCCAUUUUAAACAUGGAUUCACUUAAGUCUGUGUUUGCUGUAUACAACAGCUUUGAAACACAACUUCUGUGGGAAAAGCAAGUCUUAUGGCUUGACUGGUGUGCAGAUUUUUGUUUAACAUUGUAUUAACGCUCUCUCUCUCUCUCUGUCUCUGUCAAAACAUUGGAUUGACUGGUGUGCAGAUCUGUCUUUAACAACGUUAUAAAUAACUAUAUGUAUGUGUGUAUAAAUAAAAGUUGCUUCAAAACUUACUGUUCAGUUCCCACCUUAAGAAAAUGUACAGCUUGCAACAACAAGAGGACAUAGUCUUAAAUUAGAGGGACAAAAGUUUAAAAAUAAUAUCAGGAAGUAUUACUUUACUGAGAGGGUAGUGGAUGCAUGGAAUAGCCUUCCAGCUGAAGUGGUAGAGGUUAACACAGUAAAGGAGUUUAAACAUGCGUGGGAUAGGCAUAAGGCUAUCCUAACUAUAAGAUAAGGCCAGGGACUAAUGAAAGUAUUUAUAAAUAUUGGGCAGACUAGAUGGGCCGAAUGGUUCUUAUCUGCCGUCACAUUCUAUCUUUCUAUGCAAUAAUGCACUCCCAGUUCUUUUAAGUAAUGUAGUAUGUGUCCUUUUUAUUCCAUACUUGGAGGUCUCAGAAAUUCCCUAAGUGCGGAUUGAAGUGUUAAUUGUUAUUUUGGAUAACGUCUGUGUGAGAGAGGACGGUUUCUACAUUACUUUAAAAAAAAAAAAUAAAAAAAAAAAUGAAAGGCCACUUUUCCAUGUUUUCUAUACUUUAUACAAGUUAUAUUCUGGGAAUUGUUUUAGAAUAUUUUUCUUGUAAAAUGUAUGCAUUGCAUUUGGCAGAUCCCUUAUUUGAGGGCUUACCAUACAGCUGUGCCUGCUGAAAUCCUGCAUUUGCUUUUAUAGAUCUAUAACAAUCAUUUACAAACCUAUCCAAAAUAGAUAUUAUUUAUAUUGCAUUUGUCUAAUUUAAAAGGCUUUCUUAUUUUGUAAUUAAUGUUAAUCCUUCCGAUGCAGCUUGUAGAUUUUCUGUAUCUCCACAUCCAGCAAGUAACCGCUUCUUGUAUUCUGUGAGCGCACUGUAAACUGUUACUUGGUAGCUGCAUUUAGAAUACUCUCUCUGGCUUUUGUCUGUCUUUUCUUUAGUAUUUUGGAACAAAUGUUUAUUUUUAGAGAAGUGUGCAUUAUUCCAUUAUUGGAGCAAAGCUGGGAGUCUCCGCCUUGUCUGCCAGUAACGUGGAAAUAGCAUUUCAUUAACAUUUUUCUUCCAUCUCAGCUGAUGUGCACAAUUGAUGAUUUGAAAGAGAUGGGAAUCCCUCUAGGACCUCGGAAGAAGAUUGCCAAAUAUGUGGAGUCAAGAGUUGCCAAUCAGGUAUGUUCGGAUAUCAAUCCCUGUUUCCCCUUUUCUGUUCUGUCUCACCAGUAUUGAAAGAUUUAAUUUUUAUUGUAAAAAACCCUAAGCAUCUAUAUAUUUUAGCUUGCGUAUUAAUCUAGUUUCCGUGCAUUUGUUAAAUAAAUCCUAAAUCUGAAUAUGUUCCUGUUUAUAGUGUUCCUUUAGUUAACAUAAAAGAAAACUGUUGUAUAAAAAUAAAUAAAUAUGUAGCCCCUCCGUCCCCCGUCUCUAAUGUAAAUGUGAGUUUACUCCCCUUUAUUCUGGUGCCGUGCGGGUCCGCCUGGUCUGGCUCCGCCCCGUUACAACUCCUUGGCUGAGAUCAUCAAAAUUUAUCGGCCUCUCAGCCAAGGAGGUGGGGCGGGGGGCAAAACCAAAUGCCUCCCUGGCUUAUCAGCAUCUCCUCAUAGGACUGUAUGGGGAAAGCUCAGCGUCUCCAUGCAGAGCUAGCUUGUUGUGCAGUACUGUCCCAGGAAGCACCUCUAGUGGCUGUCUGAAUGACUGGCAUUGGAAGUCUCCCUAAGCAGCAAUGUAAACACUUAAUUUUCUCUGAAAAAACAGUGUUUACAGCAAAAGGCCUGCAGGGACUGACUAUACUCACUAGAACAUCUACAUUAGGCUGGAGUUGUCCAGGUGACUGUUUGGCCCAUGUUGGAAUGUACUGGACACAUCUCUCUUGGUUUGGAAAGCAUUCUGACAUACAUCCUUGUGCGAUGUAGCUAAUGAGGAUAAACCCAUAUUUUGCUCAAGAUGUUAUUGUUUCUUUGUUUCAGGCACAGAGGAAAGCUGCAGAGGAACACAGAGCUGCUCUGAAUGCCCAGAUUAAAGCCCAAGAGGAAACCGCUGCCAUGAUCAGCUCGGCUGAUGGCAUUAAGAGCACCGAUUCCUCUAAAACUAAGCUGCCUGUUGGUGUUUCUGUCUCCUCCGUUCAUGUUGACUACCAGUACUUUGAUAUAGGUACCGGACAGGUAUUGCUCCCAUGCUUGCUUCAUGAUAUAAUCCUAUUCUUAUUUACUGCAGAGCUGAAUGGCAGUUGGAUGAAUUGUGUUGGUGUAAGCCCAUGUACCUCCCAUUAUGGUGACUCUGGCAUGCUUGGGUAUAUUAGUUGCUUUAGAAACCUGCUGUGGCUUUCUUUAAUCUUUUUUUUUCACUAGUUGUUUGUUAGAUAUAACCUGUUGGAUUUUGAGCCAACAAACUUCUUUGCACUUGGGUCUCCCAUCGGCAUGUUCCUGACUGUACGCGGCCUGGAUAAGAUCAAUGAAAAUUACCGGCUACCAACCUGCAAGGGCUUCUUCAAUAUUUACCAUCCGGUGAGGCCGAAAAAGAUCAGCUCUUGUGAUAAGAAUGGGGAUAGUUAAUGUACUGCUUGGCAAGCUGUGGACACAUUUCUUUCAUCUUUUCUUAUGCUGGAAAUAAAGUGUUUUCAUUGCUUUAAAGGAGGCUAAGUGGGGGGCAAGUGACCUAAAUGUUGGGUUUAGCACUAAAGGUUCAGGAAUACAUGUUUGUGUUCCUGACCCUAUAGUGUUCCUUAAAAGUCUAAAAAUGAAAGAUUUCACAUGCAAUAUAGCCUGUCCUUCAUUGUAGAGAAAUAUAUGUUUGGAGUUUUUCAAUGAAAGUUGUAGGGGAAAAAGAAUUACAUACUUGUCAUCGAACUGGAACACUCCUUAUAUAUUGACAUGGGUGAGAAUUUGGGUGAGCUAUUUCUGACCUGGCUGAUGACAUUAUCUAAUGUCUGAAGUCAUUAUUUUAUCCAUUCCUAGAAUUAAGUUGGAUCAGUGGCAAUUAAUGGCACAAUUCAGUACAGUGGAGUCUGAGAAUGUAGAAACUUUUUACCACUUAUAGGAUAUGUGGUAAAAAAAAAAAAUGGUACUUCGUAAAAGAAACACACGUCCGUAAGGAGCAAGGCUGGAAAUGAAGAGACAAUCUACACUUCUAUCUUUUCAGCACAGUAACAGUAUGUGAGAGAUGGGCAAUAUGCCGUAGGUUAGAUCAGCUGUUCUUUGGAGAGUCGCCGUAACGGGUUACAGGAAUGAUGCCAUGGUUUAGAUCAACUGUUCUUUGGAGAGUCGCUGUAACGAGUUACAGGAAUGAUGCCAUGCUUUAGAUCAGCUGUUCUUUGGAGAGUCGCUGUAACGAGUUAGGGAAUGAUGCCAUGAUUUAGAUUAGCUGUUCUUUGGAGAGUCGCUGUAACGGGUUACAGGAAUGAUGCCAUGCUUUAGAUCAGCUGUUCUUUGGAGAGUCGCUGUAACGGGUUACAGGAAUGAUGCCAUGCUUUAGAUAAGCUGUUCUUUGGAGAGUCGCUGUAACGGGUUACAGGAAUGAUGCCAUGGUUUAGAUCAGCUGUUUAAUGCUUAGGGAGUCAAACAAACAAUGAUCUUGAAUUGGAACAGAAUUUGUAAAUAUACAAUUCCCAGGAAGCAUUAUAUGAAGUGUGAAUUACCUCUUUUUCUGUUGGCAAUAUGAAAUGAAAAUACUGUAGACAUUCCUUUUAAAUCUCUGGUUCCUGGCUGCGGCAUUCAACCUCCUAUCCUUUGUUUUCCAGCUGGAUCCUGUAGCCUACAGACUUGAGCCUAUGAUCAUUCCAGAUGUUGAUCUAAAGCCGGUUCUUAUUCCACAUCACAAAGGCAGAAAGAGAUUGCAUCUCGGUAAGGACUGUACUAACACCCAUCAUUUUCAGUGGGGGCUUUGUCAAGGGAGCUUCUGGUCUGCAUGCCUGGACCUCCAACAUGGAAAGCUUCUAAUUCUCGACAUUAUGGUAAAAUGUCAUUUUUCACAAGCAACAUUAACACAAUAUAUAGUUUGAGUUAAAUGUAGAAAGCGGCAUCACAAUAUAGCCCCAUUGGGUGCUCAACACUGCCUGCCUUUCCGUAGCUUCACCCAAAUUUUAUUUCCUCAGAGCUGAAGGAAAGCCUGACUCGAAUGGGCUCCGAUUUAAAGCAGGGCUUCAUCAGCUCCCUCCGCUCCGCCUGGCAGACACUAAAUGACUUUGCGAGAGCUCAUACGUCCUCGGCACAGCUUCAGGCAGAACUGGAGAAGGUGGCAGACCAGAUCCAAGAAGAAGAAGCCAAGCAGCAGGAGGUGGAAGGUGCAUGACUUAUCUGUGGCCAUCCAUGGAUAGUUUACAAUCAUUGAAUAUUGCAGGGCAAUGUUGCGCAGAUAGUUUUUCAUAUUUGGUAAAUGUGUAUUUUUACUGCAUUGCAGCUGAGAAGUUAGAAAGUCCUGAACCAUUCCGGGAGGAAGAACUGUCUGUCAAGGUUGGGAUGUUAAACGGUGGCCGCCGUAUUGACUAUGUCCUGCAAGAGAAGCCCAUUGAGAGUUUCAAUGAGUAUCUGUUUGCUCUGCAGAGUCAUCUCUGUUACUGGUGAGUUUAGUAUUAUGUUGAAAACAGAUGGAUUCAGAAAUUCCAACUCCCAUAACGGUGUCGUCGUACAAAGUGUUUACUGAAAGAACAGAACUUGUCAGAUUUUACCCCCUCACCUAGCUUAAAAAUAAAUCAUCUAAUGAGUUAAGACUCUUCUCGAUUGGAUAACUUAUUUGGGUGUUAUGGGAAGACUUUAAACUAAAAUUAGCCGGAAAAAAAGUGUUGAAAACAUUAGGAUUUAAAUAAAGCAAUUCCUCCCUCUGGCUAAAGGGUUCUUUAUCUCUGGGUUAGGACUUAAAAUCACAGCGAUAAUGUACGUUCCCGACCACAUGAUUAGUCGGCAUGGAACGAGAGUUCUGUUCUGUUCAUAUUGGGUGUCUAUCGUCCAUCGGUGCACAGCAUACUGGCAACAGAGCUUCCCCUCAGCCUGACCUCCAGCGCGGUCAGUAAGGUGGAGAGCCGUCACUGGAGGAGGAUUGGACUGUAGGGUGAACUUGGGCUUGGCGUAGGACAUAAGGUGAGUUCGUCAUUUUACUACAACCACUAACAGUGUUUUAAUCGAUGAGUCACUGAACUAUUUUAUAAUAGAAUUGUGCACAAACUUAUUUUAGCCGAUUUGUCCGAAUUUAAUUUCUUUUAAUCCACACCCCAACUAAUUGAUAUGUCUGGGAUUUACCUGAGUAUUCUUAUUCAUUGAUUGAAACUCUAGUGAAUCCUGGGCAGAUCAAUUCAAUUGGGCGGGUAUUAAAAGGAAUUGGAUUUUGGCAAACCAGCUGAAACUAAAUUUUGAGUCUGAUGCUCCCAGCAUUGGCGGCUGCUGUAAGUUACGCUCUAGAAAACAUAGCUCAGUGUCUGAUGCUCCCAGCAAUGACGGCUGCUGUAAGUUACGCUCUAGAAAACAUAGCUCAGUGUCUGAUGCUCCCAGCAUUGACAGCUGCUGUCAGUUACGCUCUGGUAAAGUUAGCUCAGUGUCUGAUGCUCCCAGCAUUGAUGGCUGUUGUCAGUUACGCUCCAGAAAACGUAGCUCGGUGUCUGAUGCUCCCAGCAUUGAUGGCUGCUGUCAGUUACGCUCCAGAAAAUGUAGCUCAGUGUCUGAUGCUCCCAGCAAUGACGGCUGCUGUAAGUUACGCUCUAGAAAACAUAGCUCAGUGUCUGAUGCUCCCAGCAUUGACGGCUGCUGUCAGUUACGCUCUGGUAAAGUUAGCUCAGUGUCUGAUGCUCCAAGCAUUGACGGCUGCUGUCAGUUACGCACCAGAAAAUGUAGCUCAGUGUCUGAUGCUCCCAGCAUUGAUGACUGCUGUAAGUUAUGCUCCAGAAAACGUAGCUCGGUGUCUGAUGCUCCCAGCAUUGAUGACUGCUGUAAGUUAUGCUCCAGAAAACGUAGCUCGGUGUCUGAUGCUCCCAGCAUUGAUGACUGCUGUAAGUUAUGCUCCAGAAAACGUAGCUCAGUGUCUGAUGCUCCCAGCAUUGACGGCUGCUGUCAGUUCCGCUCUGGUAAAGUUCGCUCAGUGUCUGAUGCCCUCGCUAUGCACAGCUGAUUCCAUUCUUGCGAUGUGAUGCUUAGUUGUCUUUCUCACUAUACCAUGUCUGCUUUGCUUUAUUUCAGGGAAUCUGAAGACACAGCGCUUUUAAUUCUGAAAGAAAUCUACAUUUCCAUGAACAUUGUUCCGGAUCAGCCUCUGCACUAAAACAGGUUUCUCCCCAUUACAUGUAUGAGUUCCCUUCCUGGUGCGAUAUUAUAUUGCAGUUUCUUCUCUAUUAAACCUGAAAUGCCCGCUGUUCUGCUGUAAACAUUGAAUUGGAGUGUGUUCAGGGUUUGUGGAUUGGUUUAUUUUAACCAUUGUCUUAUUGGCACCAUUUAGGAAAAUGAAUUCUAUUUAUUACUUGGCUGCAUUUCGUUUUUAUUAGUCUCCUUGUUUCUCUAUUGUCAGUCUGAUCUCCUAUGAUGCUCAGACUGAGUGGAUCUUAUUCAAUAGUAAACACUAAACCUGAAUGAGCCAAGCUGUAACGAUAGCAUUGUUUCCAAAUCCUUUAUUUUGUUUAGAAUUUUGCACUGCAGUUUUCAGUUGAUUAGACGUCUUCUUUUUACUGUAUUGCUCUGCAGUUUGUGCUUUUCUAACCGUGACAUUCUAGUCAUAGCAAUAAAGGUGCCAAAGUGGGUUUGUUUGUUUUUUGUAUUUUCUUUUAUUUAUUUAUUUAUUUAUAUGUACAUUUUUAGUUAGACCGAUAUUAUUUAUUUUUUCCAGUAGGUCCUAGUGGCAGUCAUAACAAGUGAGAUGUAGUUGUCCAUUUGUCACAGGACAGGUAGCAUAGAAAAGGUUAAAACCAAAAAAUGCAGUCCCCACUCUCCUCCCCUUCUAGCUUUAUAAAUGGUAUCUCCACCCCGAGCUCCCCCAGUAUUUGCCUGUCUUUGAGAGAGACCGGUUUGUGAUUUGUCCAAUUCGGGUCAGGUGAAGAGCAAGGGUUCUGGUACUUGUGCACUAGGCUGUCUUAGAGUCUAUCUCUUUCUUUUCUAUAGUAGUGUAUGGUAUUCAGUGUACUGCGUACAUUUUUAUCAGUACUGUAAUAAGCUUGCUACGUUACGUUAUUACACUUAACUCUAAAAUUAGGAUCUGCAAAAUUCUUCCAGAGUUUAACGCCUCCAAAUGCAUUUAUUCCCUCUCAUCCUAUUUUGUAACCACAAACUCCCAAUCCACUUUUGGGUCUAUUCAUUACGUAUAUCUGUGUUCUUACCUUUUAUAUUAGGGGGCCCUUUGUAGGUUUCAUUUUUCUCUUCCUACAUUUAUCCAUGGGAUUUUCUCCAUAUGUUGAAAGUAUCUCUACAAUGGCUAGUUGUGAGCCUGGCCACGCUAAGGGUAGAAUUAGUUGUUAAUCAUUUGUCUUAUUAGCCUGCAUGUUAAUCACAGAUAAGGAUUUAUAUCUGUUUUUUUUCCUGUUUUCUGUUUGGAUUUUGUAUGUAUUGGGAUAUAUUCUUCACCCUAUGGCAAAUAUAUAUUUAUAGGUUUUUAUAAGUGCCAAAAUACACUAAACCAAACCCGUUAAAUGCCACCAGUGAAUAUAUGGAUAAUGAGCAAUCCCCCUUUCUCUAUUCUGAAAGCUGGAGAGAGUAUAAGAUUCCUCCAAAUCUUGCCUAAUGUCUCUAUAACUGUUUAUUUCCAUUUAUUUGGAUAUUUAAAUGAAAAGUGUUGUAUGUCACAUUUGGCUUUGCGCUCUGGAAGAGCUGAUUACUAACUGUGUGUAUUUUCUUACCCCGCAGAUACGAAUCGGGUUCUAACUUACAGUUUAAUACUGGUGUUGUUUCAGAAUUACUCCAGUAGGCAGUCCCAUCAGCUGGGGGUGGUGUACUUUGUGAUUCAGGAGCCAUAAUCCACAGGCUCCUGUAGGGUGGGUGCUCUAGGUGAAAUCGCGCCCUGUGUUUUUAUCUUGCUAUAUCAUUCCGCUUGUUAUGACUGCCGCUUGGACGCCUGGAAAAACCUACAUUUUACUCACCGUAAAUUUAUUUUUCCAUAGUGCAAGCGGCAGUCAGGAUUUCCCUCCCUUUAUACUAUAGAUGUAAACCUAUAUCCUUCUAUCAGCUUGUUAUAUACUGGGGAGCCCUUUAUAAGGCUGGGAGGGGAGGAGACUGGGGGUUGUUUUAACCUUUUCUAUGCUACCUGUCCUGUGACAAAUGGGCAACUACAUCCCACUUGUUAUAAAUCACAAAUAUAAGUGAUAAUACAAUGACCACACAGAUACAACACCCAAUGUGACACUUUAAGGGUAUACUUCCCAAUAAUUGCAUCUAAUGAUACCAGUGCAAUUCUUUCUUGAGAAAUCUAUAAGAAAUAGACAUUGCCGUAAAUAGUGUAAUCUGUAUACUAAUAUUACAAUAGGUAGAAAUGUGAGAUGUCAACUCACAAGCACAGAGCCGUACCAGGCUCUGUAUGAUCAGCAUAGUGGUGCCAAUAACUGGCUACAAAAGUACUCCAAAACAGGAUCUUGCAGUAUAACAGUUUAUUAAAACAAUAAAAAUAGGACAUAAAUAAGUAGUAUGUGUAUAAUACACUACCGCAGGAAUUAAAAGUCCAAGUGCAAACACGUUUCGACUACCAGUAGUCUUCCUCAGUGCAGGAUAAAUCAAAGCUAGCGUCUUCUUUCCUUUUAUAGUCACCCGAAGUUGAAAUUUCGUGGUAUGUUUUCUUUCCAAUUCCGGGUUGUGGUGAAUGCUCCGUUCAUUUCCAGGUAACAUGGUUGCUGGCAUCAACUUCCGGUCGCGUGCGUGCGUCAUCACACACGUAUGACGAUCACCUCUUCCCAAUACAGGAAGUGUUCUAGCGUCAGUAUGGGCAAUAUUGCCUAAAUGCUAGAAACUUUUUAGGUAUCCAACAAAAAAGGGGAAACAUGAGUUUGAGUUGAUGAAAAGAUUUCAAUAAUGUUUUAUAAAUGUGUCUCAAAAAAGGCACUAUAACUCACAAUAAUAUCAUAAAACAUAACACUUAAAAUAACAUAGGUACACUUCCAGACUAGAGUAUACAACUCGUAAGGGUAAAAGAUGUAUAUACAAUUCAUAAAUCAGGGUAACCUAGACAGUAUGGAAAAAAUUCCAGAGAGCUUCUCGAUGGUCAUGUUAACACUGACCCUAUAGUGAUCCUUUACCUUUAAGGGAAUGGAAAAGCUGCCAAAUAGUUUGAUUCCAAAUGAAGUGUUCGUUCCAUUUGCAAAGCUAAUUUCUCCUCCUUUGCUCUGGUCAGGUCUUGGACGUCUGAGUUGGCUUCCAUGUCGGCAUAUCCGCUCUUCUCAUGGCGAUUCGGAGGAGAGGAGUUGAUUUUGUGUACGAUGUACCUUUCAAUAUGAAGAGAUUAAAUCUACCAAAUCAAGUUGGACACUGAGUAGAUACCGAUCGAUGCAACAGUUUUUUGUUUCAGCAUCUUUUCUACAGUUUAGUUGAAUCUGCGUAGCAGUUAGAUGUCGACCUGGUUUUCCUUCAGGGGACGGGAGUAUAACCCUCACUGGGAAUAGUGAAUCUCCAACCUGCAACAUUUUAGUCUUUCCUCUCAGUGGAUGGAAAUGUUUGUCUCCGUUCCCCCUUAUAAUAAUUCUUGUCUGCAAUCAGGAUGAUAGUUUGAAGGACUGCUGUGAUUAUAGACUCAUCUUUUCUUUUUUUUUUUUUGUUCUUUUUAAAUAAAAGGUUUAUUCAAUAUUAUUGCAAAUGAUUUAUAAAACAAAAAGUACAUUUUAGCAAUGUACAGCAUGGAGUGGUGUCUAUCUCUCUGCUGCUAAAUAACGUACAUGUGGCGAUGGGGUUGUUGUACUUUAAAAAGUAACUGGAAAAUACUAUUCUAUGUGGGAGGAUCUGAUACAGCAGUAAUCUAUGUAAAAAACAGAUUUGUGUCAAGAAUAAAUUGAAAUAAGUGGGGGGGUGUUUAUCUCUCUAGUAAAACCAAAUUGUGAUAGAAAUAACUUGAAUAUACUUAAAAAGUCCCAGAGGAAUUAAAGAAUGUUUGGGGUUUUUUUUCUAUACGCAUUUGAGGUGAUGCUCUAGUGUAGCUUGGAGGAAAGACGAGACAGGGGGGAUAUGAUAGAAACAUUUAAAUACAUAAAGGGAAUCAACACAGUAAAGGAGGAGACUAUAUUUAAAAGAAGAAAAACUACCACAACAAGAGGACAUAGUCUUAAAUUAGAGGGACAAAGGUUUAAAAAUAAUAUCAGGAAGUAUUACUUUACUGAGAGGGUAGUGGAUGCAUGGAAUAGCCUUCCAGCUGAAGUGGUAGAGGUUAACACAGUAAAGGAGUUUAAGCAUGCGUGGGAUAGGCAUAAGGCUAUCCUAACUAUAAGAUAAGGCUAGGGACUAAUGAAAGUAUUUAGAAAAUUGGGCAGACUAGAUGGGCCGAAAGGGUUCUUAUCUGCCGUCACAUUCUAUGUAGUUCAGUCAAAAGUCCUCCUUGGCGUUUGUAAGUCAAGAUUUCCUGCGUCAGGAAUUUUCCUUUGUCAUGCCAUGGACUUCUAAGCAAUUUGGAACUCUCUGUAUUUCUCCUUGUCCCCAAACCAGCUGGUGAGGAGCCCUAAUAAGUGAGACAAGACAAUGCCAGGUUCAAAGCGACUUCUGAGCGUUUAAUAAGCCGUGUAACUGGUUAUAUACAGCAGGAAACAGGGGUGGUCGUUACAAGCAUUAUCCAAUCCUAACAAAAUCUAUCUUAUCUUAACCUAUAGCAGGCUUCCAGGUGUAUCUUCAUGUUCGGACCUUGCUCAAAGCUAAGUUUCACUAUAACUACACAUGUCAAACUAAUAUGCAUGCGCACUACGUAUUAAAGAUAUUUACUACUAAGUUCUAAAUUAAACAUUACUAUGCAGUUAUGAUCAAAGAGAGAAACACAGGAAAUAAGGCCAACAGAGAGAAACACACAGGAUGUAACACCUGUUACAUGAUGUUCUCCAGCUCUUUAUUGUCUAGGGGUAUAUUCACUAAGCAUUGGAUAUAGAGUAUAUUCUUUCAAAUAGCUGACAUGUUAACCAAUGUUAAACAGACUGAACAUCCUGUCAUCUGGAGCUUGAGCCUUGGGUCAGUAUAGG